UGCCUAUCACCGCUGUUUGCCUUUACGAAACCAGUAUAUUGGGCCAAAAUAUUAUCGCUCUCAGUCCUUAUUGCCCCGGGAAGGGCCCAGUCGGCGUCACCAUGGUGUCGUGCUCCAGGGUGUGCCUGUUCGUCUGGAGAAGGCUCCUACUGCAGACCUUGUGGCGCCACUGUGCUUCUCUGGUCGUCGAGCUGGUCUUCGUGGUGGCCACGCUCAUGUACAUGCUCUACAGCGACCGCGUGGACCAGGCGCAGGUGAAAAAGCUCAACCGCUCCUACUUGGCCGUACCCGAGCCGCGGCGAAUGAACGCCGAGCACCUUCGCCCGAGGUUUCCGCCUGGGCUCACUGUCAUCUAUGGACCCGGAGACGAGUACACAGACCAGGUGGUCGCCACGAUCUUCAGCCUCAUCGGUCGGGUGCCAACCAACUACGAAGAACCACCGCCUGACGCGAAGCCAGAAGACGAGAAGGAGAAAGUUACGCCGAGCGACUACGUCCAGCGACUCGACAGCGUCGACUCGGUGCCCGGCAGCUGCCGCAAAGCCUCCAGCAGACUGCUUCGCCGCAACGCCUUCGUGCACACGGUGGGGCGCACGAUGUGCGUCCAGUUCGAAACGGCCUCCACGCCCAAGGGCCUUCGCUACAGCAUCGUCAUGCUCGUCCCUCCGGAGAUCAUGAUCCCGGAAGGAAUACUCUACAGUGCACACGAUCUGUUCGCCGACCCUUCGAUAACUGCCGGAAGUGACGUCGUCGCAAUGGUCUCCGACACAUUACAUGUUCAACAAGCAUUGAUCGACCAAGCUCACAUGGCGCUUCAGGGAGGAUCAACCAACGCCGUUGAGCUCCACGCUCGACAUUUCCCUCUCGAAGCCCCGUUCGAAGACAUCCACAAUUACCGGAACGGAUUUUUCGCCGCCCUGUCAAUCUCAUUCUGCCUGCCACUUGUGUGGCGUGUGCGGGACGUCACCACAGAGAUAGAAUCCGGUCUGAAGUUCCGGUGUCGACUGCAUGCUCAGGAAGUCCAGGAGGUCAUGGGUCUGACGUCGAGCGAGUUCUGGCUCGGCCACUUCUUCUCGGCCUUGCCAAUCUCGAUCGUCGAAGGGGUGCUCGCGACGGCCGUGAUUGUCCUCCACGAGAAGGAGUACAGGCCGUCGAGGAACGUCACCGUGUACAAGAGCGAAGGCCACGACGUCACCGUCAACCCUUUCCCUAACGCCGACGAUCCAUCGCCGACCCCCAACGUCAGCGAGCCUCUGUCAUCCAAGUUCGUGCGCGUCUACCCGAACAACCCCCGGGCGACGCGCUAUUUCGAAAACGCAGACGGCUCCCUCGUGGUGGUGUGCUUCCUUUUAUUCUGCGCCUGUCACACGUUCCUGGCACUGCUGGUCGCCUGCGUCUUUCCUCACGGUCGAUGGGCGAUGGUGAUAGCCUUUGCAGUUUUUUUCAUGUUCCCGAGUCUGGAUGGCGACAAACUGGGCUUUAUUUUCGGCACGAGUCUCUUCACGUACCUGAGCACACCAAGAACGGAGAAACUGCGCACCGCUUUCUAUCCCAACGUGGCGCUCAGCACGGUCAUGAAGAUCAUUGGCAUCUUUGACGACUUUGAAAGAGCAGCUCACUGGAGGAUCCUCAAGAAGCCGGCUCUAAACCUGGACAACGUGUCCAUCAGAGACAUGUUGAAUGUCAUGUUUGCCACUUGUGUCAUAUUCGCCCUCAUGAUCACCUACCUAUCUCACGUGCUUCCGUGGACAACGUUGAGGCCGCAACACAUUCUGUUUCCAGUAUUGCCGUCUUAUUGGAGCCCACCCACAGGGACAGGUGACGCUGACGAAGAACAACAUAGCCGCGUCGACGAAGCACGUUUUGAGUCAGCGCCAAGCCAGAAACCCGCCAUCGAGUGCAAGAAUAUCACUAAGGCGUUUGACGACACCAUCGCUCUAAACAAGGUGGACAUGGUGAUCUACAGGAAUCAGGUGACAGUUCUGCUUGGCCACAACGGAGCUGGCAAGACGACGCUGAUGAGCAUAUUCACGGGUCUCCUGGAGGCCGACAGCGGCGCGAUAUUCGUUCGUGGACGAGAGGUCACCAGUUACACGGUGCGAGGGGUUCUGGGCUUCUGUCCCCAGGCAGAUAUAUUUUUCCCGGACCUCACCGUGUUGGAUCAUCUGCAGUAUUUCGGCAUACUCAAGGGAUUGCGGAGUUCCGAAAUCAAUCGAAACGUGAAAAUUCUGCUCGAGACUGUGCAACUCGGCGACAAGCUGUACGCUUACCCCGACGAGCUCUCUGGAGGAAUGAGGCGGCAGCUGAGCAUCGCUAUCGCUCUCAUCACGCGUCCAAGGGUUUUGAUCCUUGACGAACCAACUGUGGGCAUGGACCCCGAGACAAGACGCGUUGUCUGGACUCUAGUGCAAGGCAUGCGUGGCAGAACAACGUUGCUACUAUCCACGCACGACAUGGAAGAGGCCGAGCGAUUGGCCGACCGCAUCGUAGUAAUGUACAAAGGCCACGUGAUCUGCAGUGGAUCGCCAAGUUUCCUCAAGAAUGCUUGCGGCGUCGGCUACAAGCUGCGCAUCUCCAAGAGACCCGAUGCCUUCAGAGCGAAAGAAGUGCUCGCCGUGGCGCAGAGAGCAUGCCCUAGUGCUAACGUGGAGGAGGACAAGGACGACGAGGCGGUCAUUGCGAUGAACACGCUCAAGAGGGACGGGUUCCAGGCGAUGUUUCUCGAGCUGGAGAGAGAGGGUGCAGCUCUCGGCAUCCUGAGCCUAGGAGUAUCCGUGGCAACAAUGAAGGACGCCUACCUCAGAAUAUACGACAUCUGGGCGGAAGGUGCCAAGGAGAAAGGUGUCGUGACUGCAACUGCAGCUGCCCCGAUCACCGCGUUCGUGCACGGCGGUCAGAGGAGACCCCGGACGUGGCAGCGCUUUCGGGCCCUGAUUCAAAAGAGACUGCUGUACCUGUGGCGCACGCCCUUCCUGUUCCUCACCGGCUGGAUCCUUCCCCUGGUCAUCGCAUACAUCGGUAUCAGCAUCGUCAAGCUCAAUUCCUUCCAGCUGCCCUUCGAAUAUAGGUACAUCGAUCUGGAUGCCAGUGCUUUCGUCGGAGCCGAAAUGCCACGCCUGAGAACAUUCAUCCAGGAAGAGGAACGAACCAAGGAAUCUCUGGGCUACAGGGUGCUCCUCGAGAGCGCAAACGUCCCGCACACGGAAAUGCAAGACGCCUUGCGCAGUCUAGCCAUCAUGUACGACCGGCAGUUCUUCAAAUACGUGUCAUAUUACUCUUUCGGCACUAUCUUCAGCACUAAAGUGGUCGAAAUGUGGAACAACCCUCUGAGCGUGAUCGCAGCCAGCAUCCAACAGAACCUAAUCGACACCGUGCUCCUCCGACAGCAGACGGGUCAGCCUCAAAGCCGCAUCCACACCGGAGUAUCUUUGUACACGCUGACUGAGGAGGAGAUACGCGCCAAUGUCGUCGAGCGUGAUCCGCUGAACGACUUGGCCGAGCUUCUGCAGCACACGUGGGCCUACUGGGGCGUUAUGGGCUCUGUGAGCUUCGGCCUGAUCAUGUCGUCGUUCGUGGUGCUGCCCUCCCUCGAGGUGUGCAGCGAAGCCCGUCAGCUGCAGCUUAUGACGGGCGUCUCCGGGUUCCUCUACCUCGUCGCCCACUUCCUCUUCGACCUGAUCUUUUACCUGGUGCCGAUGGCGAUAAUUUACGGUGGCUUCGCUGUCAUUUUCAACCUGCACGGCGACACGUUAGCAUGGCUGCUUAUAAUCAUGAUCUCGUUUGCUCCCCUGGGCAUACUUCUUCCGUAUCUGAUAUCGGAGCACGCCUCCGACAGUAGCACGGCAUAUGCCAUUGUCCUCGGACUUUUCACGAUAGCAGGUCCCGGCACUAUAAUCGGCUUUCUGUACGCGUCCGACGCUUUGGAGGGCGAGAACGUGAGGCUGCCUUUCAUGUUCUUCCCGCCAUUCGCCCUCUCGGCGGCAACCGUGCGCGCCGUCAACCUCAAGUACGAAGUGGCGAUAUGCGAUUACCUGCAAAGCAAGAAGAAACUGCUGGACAAGCACAUCGAUUUCUGCAACUCGGUGAACGCGUACGGCUCGGCCAUAAGGUUUUGCUGCGAAGUACUGACGAACAGAACUCGGGACCCCUGGUACGAAAUUACAGCCGUGUCCAUUUCACCGCACGGAAUUCUCCUGGACAUCUUCAUCAUGCUCCUGCUGGGCUUCCUCGUGUUCCUCUAUCUGCUCUACCGUGCCCUGGCACUGCAUGCGUUCUCGAGGCAGAAGCUGGAACCGCCGCCGCAGAAGCCUCCGGACCAGGAGGAUCAGGACGUCGCCGCCGAGAGAGAGGCCGUCGAGUUCAUCUGUAGGCAGCAGCGCUUCGGCCAGCACACGCUCGUGGUGCGAAGCCUGCACAAGGUGUUCGGCCCGGUGCACGCCGUGCGAGGGCUGUGGUUCGCACUGAAGCCCGGUGAGUGCUUCGGCCUGCUGGGUGUGAACGGCGCUGGCAAGACGACCACGUUCCGAAUGCUAGCCGGCCUAAUCCAGGCAACGUACGGCGACGCCUACAUGAAGGGCGCCGUCCUCUCCGACGAGACUCGGAAGUGGCAAUCGAAGCUGGGCUACUGCCCUCAGGGCGGAGCGCUGUUGGACAAGCUGAAUGCCUACGAGAUGCUGUACCUCUUUGGUCGCCUCCGUGGCGUUCCCGAAGACGUUCUCCCCGGGGCGGUGGAUCACAUCAUAUACGUUACUGACCUCAGCGAUCAGGCGGCAAAGAGGUGCCAGCACUACAGCGGCGGCAACAGGCGCAAGCUGUCCAUGGCCGUGGCCCUGAUCGGCCUCCCCGAGCUGGUGCUGCUGGACGAACCGUACGCCGGCGUCGACGUGCUGGCCAGGACGCGUAUACACGAGGCGCUCAACCCGCUCAAGAACAGGACCAAGACCACCAUCGUGCUCACCUCGCACAGUAUGGAGGAGUGCGAGCUCUCCUGUGACCGCAUAUGCAUCAUGGUAGAAGGAGAGAUGGUCUGCCUGGGAACGCUGCAGCACAUCAAGGACCGGUUUGGCAAAGGAUACAAGCUGCUGUUCACACUGGAAGAAGACACGUGGGACGCUGUCGAGAAGCUCACCAAAGGCGUGCUCAAUUCACUGCCGGCUAUCACGGUAGUCGACGUGCGCCGUAGAGUGCUCGAGUUCCGCAUGGAGGGCAAGCUUCCCUGGAGCACGUUGUUCCACAAGCUGGCCGUCUUGGAGAGGGAAUUUCCCUUCGAGCACGUCCUCGUGUCUGACAACACCCUGGAGCAGAUCUUCAUCGAGUUCGCUCGGAAAGCUCACGCGGAGAAACCCAGACAAACUACUACUGCUACUUCCACCGCUAGUACGAACUUUACCGACGAGUAACCAGUCAUCGUUACCCCAGGGACCGUUAGAAGGAUUGUCGGGGCUCCACAUUCGUACUGUCUUAUUCAUGUGCGCGAUUUAAUUGACGCCCCACGUUUUUCUUUUUUUUUUCAAAAAUCUGAGAAUUCGUGUUGACGUACCUGCAAGAAAGUCUACUCUUUGAAUACCUCAUGUUUUCUAUUAACCUUACUCCUGCUAUUGUCACAAAUCCUUUUUUUUUUCUUGUCAUGUAUUGUCUAUUUGCCUAAUAAAUUGUGUUUACCUGCUA